UGUUCCAGUACAAAUAAACACCUUUUAAAAGCUUUUUUUGGAUCUUAAAACCUGAGUAAUUUAUAUUGGCAUUUUAGCGUUGGAGUGAUUGAGGGUUAAGUGCACUUAUGCUAUGGAGGGAGACUGUAUACGAUUUUAAUAAUCAGAUCGUUAUAAAAGUUAUACAUAAUUACUUGAGCUACUGGUUUUAAUAACAGGGUCCAAUAAAUGAUUGCAGGUUUUUGUUAUGAAUACACAAUUACUUAUUCAAAUAUUAUUAAUGUGCUAGAAUCGCACUUUGACCACCGGUCAUACGAUCUAAUAAACCAAAAAAAAUGACUGUUUAUCAAGAUGUAUAUAUCAUUAAUCUGAAUAUUUAAAUAAUUCUUUACGUAACGAUAAAAUGACUGAUAACGCUAAAUGAACGUGGAAUUUAAUAUACAUCAUCAGGUUAAAGGUGAAGAAAUUCAUACGAAUGAUAGCAUUCGAGUCUAUAGAAGGAAUACAUAUUAGGAAGUUCAAUUUUUCAAUCUUACAAAUUCUUAAGUUUCAAAUCUUGCUCACAUAAAAAAACUGAUGGAAAUUUUAAGUGGACGAAAAAUUUAAGUGGAUCGCACUUUGUAUUAUGCAAUAUAGCAUGCAGUUAAAUGCAGUAUUGUUCUCGUGAAUGACCUAAAAUUAUCUCCACCAGUUCCUGCAAUGACUUCAGCUGACUGGGCGUUUGCAUUAUCAUGGAGUCAUGACUAGUGAUAUGACACUAAUCAUAUAUUAUAAUUGGAGGAAUAUGUUUCUUACUUCGUUUUAUAUACUCGCAAUUCCGAAUUUCUAACAUUCCUAAAUCCUUUAAAUUUCGAGGCUUCACUGUUCAAGAGUCCUUAAAAUUCUUAUAUUUUUAUAGAAAUUAAAUUUCUAUUAAAUUUAAAUUUCUAGGUUCCUAGAUCCUAGCGAAGCAAAGACAACAUGACGGAGGUGCAACCGACUCAAGCCAACGGAAUAGCAAAAGGAGUUACUAUAAAUAGUAAAGAGUUAGAGGAAGGUUUAUAUUAUGCACCGAGUUCUGAAAACGAACUUAGUGGACCAAAUCAAGUACUGCCGGCUGACAGCUGCGUUAGUACGGAACGAAAUGGCCGAGUGAAAAUAACGUUGACCAAAGGAGAAGAACAUUGGGCACCGAUCAUGUCGAUUCCUGGAAGCAUGUCUCAAAUGGCUAAUAGUUAUCCAGAUCGCAUGGCACUUAUAGCGAGACCUGAUACGAAACAAAAAAAGUCUUACACUUUCAGAGAAUACGAACAGGAAGUGAGAACUGUGGCCAAAGCAUUUUUAAAAUUGGGAUUAGAACGAUACCACGGAGUUGCUAUUAUAGGAUUCAAUACUCCGGAAUGGUUCGUUUCAGAUCUUGCUGCUAUAUACGCGGGAGGAUUUGCGGUUGGAGUAUACACUACAAAUACUCCUGAGGCAUGUCAACAUUGUAUUGAAAACAGCCAGUCUAAUAUCGUAGUCGUCGAAGACGACAAACAGUUGGAAAAGAUAUUAAAAAUAAAAGAUAAUUUACCAUUUUUGAAAGCGAUCGUCAUGUAUGACGAUGUUCCAAAAGAAAAAGGUGUUUUGAGCUGGAAAGAUUUGCUGGAAAUCGGUCAGAAAGAAUCUGACGACAAAUUGAACGAGGUUUUGAAGACAAUUGCGGCGAAUGAAUGUUGUACUCUGAUUUAUACGUCGGGAACAGUUGGAAAACCGAAGGCUGUGAUGUUAUCCCAUGAUAAUCUUCUACAAGAUGCUCGAAGUAUUUUACGUUUUACAAAAUUCUCCAUUGACGACAAACAUGUUCUGAUCAGCUAUUUACCGUUAUCUCACGUCGCUGCACAGAUUCUUGAUAUAUAUUGCACCAUGCUUUUAGGCGGCACAGUAUAUUUCGCUGCAAAAGAUGCCCUUAAAGGCAGUUUACUCAACACUCUACUUUUAGCGCGACCUACAAUUGUUUUAGGUGUACCCAGAGUAUGGGAAAAGAUUUACAGUAAAAUGCAAGAAGUUGCACGUAGCAAUGGAUUUGUUAAAACACUGAUCGGUUCAUGGGCAAAAUCACAAGCUCUUUAUUAUAAUACGAAUAAACUUCAAGGCAAUGAUACCAAGAAUUGGGGAUACGUAUUUGCUAGAUGGCUAGUUUUAAGUAAAGUAAGAGCAGCACUUGGUUUAGAUAGGUGUCAAGUGUGUUUUACCGCUGCUGCACCUUUAUCCAGAGAAAUUAAGCAAUAUUUUAUGAGCCUAGAUAUACUUAUUCUAGAAGCAUACGGAAUGUCUGAAUGCAGUGGUGGGCACGCCUUAAAUUUGAACGAAUGUUACAAGUUAGAUGGUGUUGGUGUAACUUUACCCGGCUUUCAUACGAGACUAGAUAAGCCGGAUAGCUCUGGCGAAGGAGAAAUAUGUAUGCGUGGUAGACAUGUAUUUAUGGGAUAUUUAAAUGAACCAGAAAAAACCAGAGAAGUCAUAGACGAAGGAGGAUGGUUGCAUUCCGGCGAUCUAGGCAAAAUUGAUUCAGAUGCAUUUUUGUACGUGACAGGAAGGAUAAAAGAAUUAAUUAUUACUGCUGGUGGAGAAAAUAUACCACCAGUUCCUAUUGAACAUUCAGUAUUAUCUGAAUUACCAGCAUUAAGUAAUGCUAUAUUAAUUGGAGAUAAAAGAAAAUAUCUUACUAUGUUGGUUACGCUAAAGACUGAUAUGGAUAUCAACACCGGUGAACCAAAAGAUACAUUCACUCCAGAUACCUUAAAAUGGUUAAAGUCCAUUGGUAGCACAGCAAAGACGGUCACGGAUGUUUUAAAUACACGCGAUCCUCUUGUAUACAAUGCAAUUGAUGCUGCUAUUAAAGCAGCAAAUACUAAAGCUUUAAGUAAUGCACAAAAAGUACAGAAAUUCAAAAUAUUACCUCACGACUUAUCAAUUCCUACUGGAGAAUUAGGACCAACAUACAAAAUUAGGAGGAACAUCAUUUAUAAAAAGUAUGAAAAACUGAUAGAAGAAAUGUACAAUUAAAUGUAUGCAAAAAAUUUCAAUCACACAAGGAAGAUAAUAAAGUGGCAGUUGGUAUAAGUUUUGAAAAUGCUCUAAUACUUAAAACAACGUGACUUCGUACAAUUUAAUAUUUACAGUACCUGUGUAAUUAGCAAUUUUCUGAUUACUCAAACACAAGAUUAAACUUAACUAGCAACAACUAUAACGAUAUUUCCAAUAUACAUAUACAUUAUUUUUUCAAGUUAAUAUUAAAUAAGUAAUGUACAUAAAAUGUAUAUGUUGAAUAUGUGUAGCAUAAUACAACUCUAAAGUAGAAAUUUUAUAUACCUUUUGGUACAAAGUUUUCUGACUUGUUAUGAUAAAGUUGUUUGUUAUCAAUGCGAACAUUUUUGGAUAAUAAUAUUUACACUAUUUACUGUUCGUUAUUGAAUUGAUUACGAAAUUUUAAAAUUGUUGAAUUUAUCAAAAUGUAAUAAAUUAGUGUCUUUAUAUAGGUAUGAAUGUGUUGAAUGAGAAACAUGGGAAAUUAUACAUUGAAAUAUGAAAAUAUAAGUGAUAUUAUAUAUACAUAUAUAAAAUAUUGUAUAUUAAAUGUAUUCUAUACUACUGUACUGCUUAUAAUUAUAUUUAGGUACACAUGACAAUAUUCAAUACAACAAUCAAAAACAGUACUUAAACAUUACUUAAGUUAGAUAAUAAACAUUAAGUUGUAUAAUUGUAUAAUUAAU